CCCCCUCCCCCACCCCACCCCCAGCGACAUGUGGAUGUGAGGCUCGGGCCCGGCGCUUCCGCAGUGAGAGUGUGGCUUCCCCGGGCGUUCGGCUGCGAACGGGUUUUAUCUCCCAGCCGAGUUGGUGGCGAUGAUGAUCACAUGAGCCUGGGGCCUUGUGCUGAAGUGGAGAGAGCGCGGUCCGAACUGAGUUUUGUAUUGUCAACUAAAUGUAAAAGAUGGGAGGCAGGAAAUUAACAGAAGCUACGUCUUUUUCGGAGAAUGAGGAAGAUUUUGAAGGUCUUGCUGCAUGCAGACGUGGACUGCUUCAUUUGCUGAGGAGUUGCAAAUGGAAUUGGACAUUAUGCAAUCAAUCAUCAGCGAACUUCCCCACUUCUAACCUUAUGAUGGAAGAAAAGGUCAUUGAAGCAGCUGAAGAUGGCUGGGCCUAAGAUACUACCUUGAGGAACUCCUGCAGGGAUAUCCUGGGGCUGGGAUGAUUGAUUGGCCUGCAACUGCACAUUCAUCCUCCUUUGUGCAAGGUGAGGAGAAUGAACAAGAACAAGCUGAUGAUGGGUUGUUCAUUUCAACCACCGAUCAAAGUGACUGGUGCCCUAUCUGCCUGAAUGUUUUUGUGGAACAAGAAGUGGCUGUUCCUGAGAGCUGCUGCCACAUUUUUUGCCUGGGGUGUAUUCUUGCAUGGGCUGAAAAACUGAGUUCCUGCCCAAUAGAUAGAACGCCUUUCAGUGUGGUUUAUAAACAAGACAAUAUAAAGUGUAGCACAAAGAUUCCAGUCAGCACUUGCUUCAGUAAAAAUUCGAACCAGAAGGAGGGCAGCAGUGGACAUGUCAAUGUCUCAAGGGAACAUGAUGUUUUGAAUGAUGGAGUAUGUACAUGCCGAAAGGAAACAUGCAAAAGGCACUCUGAUGACUGGCAACAAACUGAAUUCCGCGAUAUACAAAGCACAUCCUUCAUUGCCAAUAACAAAAGGAGCCCUAAUGCGAGGAAUCCCAAGAAGACUAAAAAUAAGCUUAACAGAAGGAAGCAUCAGCAGUCAUGUGUGAAGAAUGACCUGAACAGUUUCUCUCCACAGUAUGGGGAAUCAGAAAUGUCCCCUUUCCUGUCUGAAAACAGCACCGAGUUUGUUGACAUCUGUGAAGUUGCACCACUAAUCAGAGAGAAGCAAAGAGGACCUGAGUCACUUAGAUUGCCAUGGCGAAAUUUUCUUGCUGCUCUUACAACAGAAAUGUUGAGAUAUGAAACAAGCUUAACUUCUGUUGAAAAUGAUGAAACAGCAACUGCUUUACCUCUGCGAGAUCUGACAUCAGGAGCUUCUUUUCUGUCAAACCCACUUGGAUUGGGGCGUUCUGUUAAUUUUCCUGGCCAGAAGUGUGCACUUGCAGGCACCAGAGGAGGUGGAGAGAGAAAGAGUAAGUCUGGCACAACAGGUAGUACAAAUGCAAGCACCUCUGAAGCUUCACAAGGCAGGAGAAGAUCAAUGCGCAUCAGCAGAGCAGAAAACACGGACAAAUGUGCCAGCUCAUCUCAAAGGCCUCAGUCAGGUUCGGCUACGUCGGUUUCCAAAGCACCUGUGGAAAGUACACAAACUCCGCCAAGAAAGGCUGGAAAGCAAAAGGCUACCAAAAGAAAAUUAGAGAACGAACAAAGUAAAAUUCCCUCUAGUAAAAGGAAAACCAGAGUUACCCGUAGUUCCUACAAGAAAUCUGAUUCUGGUGGUUCAGACCCAAAUGAUAGUCCAGUUGUCAGUGAAACUGAGCCUCAACCUCACACACCUGUCUCCAGUGAAAAGCAGGUGACAAGUAUGGAUGAUAUUAGUCCAAGCCACUUAUCAGCUAAUGGUUGUAAUGAAACAAUUCCUUCAAAAGAAAAGGAUAAAGAGGAAGAAGUUACUGAAACAGAGUGCAGUCAUGCUGAGGAUCCAAACCUAUCUGUUGAUGAAGUGGACUCUGCACUAAUUACUGACCCAGUUAACAGUGAAGACUCAGGAAAUGCAAAUCUUCCUCCAUCUACUGAAGCUGAAAAUUUCAUGGAACUUAACUCAGGAAAAGCAGCAGAAGGUAGUAACAAAGAAAUGAUCACAAUGGAACCACAUCAUUUGAAAGAUGAGACGUAUUCUCUGAGUGCAGAUGCACCCUGUACCAGUGCAUCCAAUAACGAUCAAGCUAUUGGUCUCUCAAAUUUUCCUGAAUGCCCAUCAAAUAAAGAUUGUGAUCAGGUAAAAAGUAAUUCACCAACAGUAGAUCAAUAUUCUGAGGCAGAGUUUACAGAGGAGAGCAUGGGAAAUCCUGAACAAGUAUCUGAAUAUGUGGGUGUCUCUGAAAAACAGCCAACUGCUGAAACUACAGGAAUACAUGAUGAUAGUAUGCUCUCUGAGCAGAAAUUGUCAUUGGAUAGUAAUGAUUUUGAACACACUAAUAGAGCUGAGUCUGCAGAAAUAAAGGAAGGCCCAGGUGAGGGAGACCAUACAUCAGGUUAUAAAAGUGAUACUGAUAAAGAGUCAUCAAUUGAAGUGCCUGAAAGUAUUGCAGGAAAUAGUGACCUGAUGAAUGAAACAUCUUUGGAGAAUAUAAAACCUGAGCAUGUGAAAACUGAGGAAACUGCAGAAAGUCUAGGUGCUGAUACAGAAUGUGAUUAUGGAAGUAUUGACCAACAGGGUGCAGGGACACCUGAAACAUGUAUGAAAGAUAACAAUCUGAAACACGAAAUGACCUCAGAGCAACUAAAGCAGGAGGAGUUUGACAUGGGUUCAAUGAAAGCUUUAAAUGCACCAGAAGACAUGUCUGAGAUUAAAAUAGGUGCUGGUCACAAAUUAUCUAUCGAAAACCAUAAAGACGUCAUGGAGAAUGUUAGCUUGAAGUCUGAAAUAGAUCCAGAGAACAUUGGACUUCAAUGUGACAUGGAGCUGGAUGGAGUUUCAAGUAAUCCUAAUCAGUCAUCAGAUCCUGUAAGUGACUUUCAUCAGCAGUCAGUUGAUGAAAGACCUGAAAAAGAAGUGGAGAAUGAAUGUCCAAAAAUUGAAACCUCUUCAGAAGUACCUAGCCCUAUUCAAGUGAAUGCGGAGACACAGGAAGAUAAAGCUAAAAGUGAAGUGUUUACUGAUGGGAUCUGCAGUGUUGGUCCUGAGGACUUCAAUGUGGAUAACAAUGAGGUAGUGGCUAUGGAAUGUGAUUCACCUAUCAAUGACCACCAAAUGCCUGAAGCUGAGCCGGAAUCUGAAAAAAACUCAAAAGAGAGUGAAGUAAACUCUGUUCUAUCCCUGGGUUCAACUCACGAGCAAUUGCCACCAGAUUCCUCUGUUGAAAAUAUCACUAAGGAAGGACCUCCUGAGACUGAACUUGAGAAAAGGUCAGAACAGAAAGAAAAAGACGUUCCACGUCGCAAAUCUAGAUUCCAUGCAGCAUCCACAACUUGGUCUCCAGAAAGGGAAAGAAAACGUGAACCUAAGAGAUCUAGUUCAGAGUUCCAGGGAAAAUCUGUACCCACAGCUCAAGAAAGGCCCAUGCCCGUACCUGAAGAGAGCUCUGGCUCCAAACCACGGGGAAGAUCUGGUUCCCGGGGGAGAUCUGGCUCCAAGUCAAGACCACGUUCCAAAUCACAGGGCAGGUCACGGUCCAGGUCACGGUCAUGGUCCCGGUCCCGGGAAAGGUCAAGGUCUAGAUCUAGAACACAGGGGAGAUCCAGGUCACGGUCACGGGGAAGGUCCAGGUCUAGGUCACGGGGGAAAGACCAUUAUAGUCAUUUGGACAAACCUACACAUGAGCGAACUCGUUCAUGGGGGGAUGAUGGUGACCGAAAUAUCCCAACAUCUCCAUCUUGCAAGAAAAGGUCUAGGUCUCCAAGCAAGGAGAGAGGCAAGGAAGAGACUCCCAGUGAAAGUGGGAAGGCGGAAGCAGACAAGGGAAGAAAAGGUAGGCAGCGUUCUAGAUCUAGGUCCAAAUCCAGAAAAAGGUGUUAUUCUGGAGACAAAGAGGAUAAACCUGGUUUUUCUCCAGGCAGGAGGGACAGGAAUAUGGAUGACAGCUGGAGAAAUAUGCGAGGAAAGGAUAGAUUCAGGAUGAAUGAUUGGGAUAGACCGAGGGGAUUUGAUAGGUUCAGAAAAGAUAAUCGGAAUAGAGAAUUUCACCAAAUGUCCAGAUACCCAAAUGAGCAGUUAGCUGGAGAUUCAAAUGAAUAUUUAGACGACAGGAACCCUGAAUGGGUAAUGGAACAAAUGCAGCCAUCAUCUGAUGUUCGUAUGAGAGAAAAUGAAUACAGGAAUGAUGCCAAAUGGGAAGAAAACAGAUAUGAAAGGGAUGAUUCUUGGGCAAAUAGGAACUUUGUCCCAGGCUGGAAGCGUGGGCGUGGACGUUUUCGGGGAGGACCAUUUUGUGGUGACCAAAGUGAAAUUCCUUGGCAAAAUCGAAGGUCAAAUUUCUCAGGUGAACAGAAUAAUUCAGGAGGAAAGUACCAGGGAACUGGAUCGCGCAGAUAUAAUGACCAUCAGCCCAACAGAUGGAGAGGUGAUUCGAAUCCAUCUUCUGAUGUCCGUGACCGUUCUGGAUGGUCUUCUUUCUCCAGCUGGAAUGCAAGGAAAACUCUGCCAGCAGAUGUCCAAAAUUAUUAUGCAAAUAGGGGAAGGCAAGCUUCAGGGACACAGUCAAGCUGGCAGGGCUCAGAGGAAGAACAGUACCAGGCUUCAUCAGAGCAAGAUACAUCACAAGGGGCAUCAUCAACCUUCAGUGACCAAACAAAUCAACAAAUGAAUGGCUCACAGCAACCUGUUAGCAUGAUGCAUCAGCCUGUUUUACCACAACCAAUGAACCCUCCACCACAACCUAUGAAUGUCUUUCCCUAUCCAAUGAAUGUCCAUCCUCCUUUAAUGCAUUUCCCUAAUCCGUAUAUCCACCCUCCUCCUCCAUUGAAUGUGCACACAGGAAUGUCAGCAGUGCCACCAACUGCUGCUGGAAAUCUACCAAACAGCCCACCCCCACCACCACCUCCACCUCCACCAUCCCAGUCAGUGAACUUCCCAGUCCAACAGCUUGACGUGACACAACCUCAGAUACCUCCUACCUGUAAUGCUUCUGAGGUGGAUGUGCAGACCAGUGCUGCCAGUGUACCCAUUCCAGCUGGAGGUCCAGGCAAAGCAGUGCCUGUUCCACCUCCUGUAGAUGUUUCUUCUGCCUAUCAGUCUGUCCAACAGGUCUUUGCUACUCUUUCCACUCCAAAGACUACAGUGGAAAAAGAAAGUCUGAAAGAAGAACCUGAAGCAGAGAAGACCAAAAAGGACAAGAAAUGUACCAUACAGGAACGAGCUGUAGAAGAGGUAAAACUAGCCAUCAAGCCUUACUACCAGAAGAAGGACAUUACCAAGGAUGAAUACAAGGAAAUUGUCCGCAAGGCAGUGGAUAAGGUUUGUCAUAGCAAGAGUGGUGAAGUAAUCCCAGGAAAAGUAGCCAACUUGGUAAAAGCAUAUGUAGAGAAAUAUAAACAUGCAAGGAAAGGGAACGCAAAACAAAAUCCUGAAGAGUGCAGUAUCAUUGGGAACAAAUCUGUUUAAAUGAUGUAAAGAUAUCGCAGAUUGAUUACCAGUGUUAACAUGAACCCAGUAUAGAAUGAAUAGGAAAUUUGUUUUCCAUUGGUUUAUAUAAUUUUUCCUACAGAGAUUUUUUUUUUUAAUUGAAGCGUUUGGGACAUCACAAUAACAUGAAGUGAGAAGCAUGCUAUUGUUAGUUAUCUGGAGUUGCAAGGAUAAUAUGAUCUGUCCUGGCCCUCCUGUGGGCUGUCAGUAAAUCAGCUGUAUAAAUGUGAUAUUUGUUUAGAUGAUUUCCUAAUGUAUCAAAUUAUCUUACUGAUUUUUUUUUGUUAACUCUACUUAGUGUUUUUGUAAACAGUUUGUAUGCUGUACAAAUGCCUCCAGGUUUAACUGGAAGGAUGUGGAUCAUGUAGUUGCACUGAAGACUGGCAGCUGAGGCUGAUCAGCUAUUUUAGUGCAUUUAGGUUCUCAACAAAAAUGAUUGCUUAACUCUGCUAGGACUGUCACUCAGUGGGAAAAUGUUUGAUAAAAGAUUUGAUUCUAUAGUUUCAUUUUUGAGAAAAGCAGAAAAGAAUGGUUCAGAAUGUGAUAGUAUUCUGUAAUACUUAACCUACACACCGAAAUAAAUUUUCUGCUGCUUGUCAAAACUG